GCAGCUAAUCCAAUCCUCUCUAAACUCUUAAAAUUUCCGUACUGAGAAAUUCCAACUUAACACCGGUGGCGGUUGCCAUUGACAGUUUUCCAAAUUACCAUACUACCCUCGUCAGCUACUUAAUAUUUCAAAAACACUCAGCCAACAAAAGUUCAACAAGGGCAAUUAGGGUAAUUGAAAAACAGAAAACCGAAGAAGAGAGAAGAAAAUCCGUGUUGGUCACUAUUUUCCUCUCUCGUCUCUUCCAUUAGAAAAUGAUUCCUUCUCCUUCGUUUCUCAAUAAUUGACCCCUUCAAAAGGACACAGCUCACUCCAACCGGAGCCGCACGGUGGCUGUGAAGAAACUAGGAUCCAAUCUCAAUCGGAGCUCCAAAAUCCUCCUUUUAUCAGAUUAUGGGGCAUAAAACGUGGUUAAUUUUGGCGUUUUUUACAUGUUUAAUUUCAUCUUCUUGCGGUAGAGAAUUGCAGGUCAAGCACAAGGAUAACCUCACCGUCUACAAUCAUACUCUUGCCACUAUUUUAGUAGAAUAUGCUUCUGCGGUGUACAUAUCGGAUUUGACGGAACUUUUUACUUGGACAUGUGCAAGAUGUGAUGGUUUAACCAAGGGAUUUGAAGUUAUUGAGCUUAUCGUUGAUAUCCAGAACUGUUUACAGGCAUUUGUUGGUGUGGCAAAGGAUCUUAAUGCCAUUGUUAUUGCCUUUAGAGGAACGCAAGAACACAGCAUACAGAAUUGGGUUGAAGAUUUAUUCUGGAAACAACUUGAUUUAAAUUACCCUGGCAUGCCUGAUGCAAUGGUGCACCAUGGAUUUUAUACUGCUUACCACAACACAACAAUACAACCUGGAAUUCUAUAUGCUGUUAAAAAGGCAAAAGAAUUUUAUGGAGAUCUUGACAUCAUAGUGACAGGCCAUUCAAUGGGAGGGGCUAUGGCUUCCUUUUGUGCACUUGAUCUGACGGUUAAUCAUGAAGCCAAGAAUGUUCAAGUUAUGACUUUUGGACAACCACGUAUUGGGAAUGCUGCGUUUGCUUCUUAUUAUGGAAACCUUGUGCCAAACACAAUCAGAGUUACGAAGGACCAUGAUAUUGUGCCUCAUCUGCCACCAUACUAUUCUUAUUUCCCUCAAAAGACAUACCAUCACUUUCCUAGAGAGGUGUGGCUGUAUAACCUCGGACUGGGAAGUCUGGUUUAUAUAGUUGAGAAGGCCUGUGAUGGUUCCGGUGAAGAUCCAACCUGUAGUAGGUCAGUGACAGGGAACAGCAUUUUUGACCACUUGAAUUAUUAUGGUGUUGAUUUAAAGUGCGAACAAUGGAGAUCAUGCAGAAUCGUGAUGGAUCCUGGUGUUGCGAAGUAUGGCAAAACGGAUCUCAAAGGAAAUUUCAUUUUGUCCAGAGAUCCAGCCAAACAUGUUCUGAAAAUGAAUACUCGGUCAAAUGAAGGGGAAGUUACAUCUAAUGCAUAAUUUAUCAGUCUGUGAUCUCUCCUGGAAGAUGGCUGGUAGCACAGUUCGUUGAUUUCCACUUCAGAUAACUACGUUUCCAUUCUUCCAUUGAAACCAUGUAAAUAGCCAUUGAAAAUGAACGUUAUCAAUGUGGGUUUGGGUUAGGAAUGUAUUUGUGUAAAUAACUAUCAAAAUGUGUACAUUGCUUUUACGUUUAUGAUUAUAUUGAAUUUAAUGCCAGCUAAAAAAGUUGUUUCCUACAUACAACUCUGUUUUAAAUCUAGUUUUCUGAGGUUAAAAAAUGGCUGAAAUAAUGAUUAGUGCAUCUUACAAACAGAAUUUGUUAAGAGCCUAUUUGCUAGCGCAGUGGGAAGCUCCCACCCUGUGGGUAGCACUUGACCUCACGGUCGGAGGGGGCUCCUACCGGGUAGGUAGCACAGGACCUUGUGGUCGGACUUCAGAGGGGGGCUACGACCAGCGCUACCAAACUUAGCACUGG